CUAUGGUCAACGUAUUCAUCACUGGUGCAUCCGGCUACGUUGGCUCCCACGUCACGGCCCUCUUGCUCAAAGCGGGGCACAAGCUCAUCGCUCUCGCAAGGUCGCAAGCUUCUGCGAAGAAGCUGGAGGAUGAAGGUGUCACUGUGAUCCGUGCUAGUCUUGAAGAUACGGAUGUACUCUCCAAAGCCGCGCAUGAAGCGGAUGCAGUCAUUCAUUUGGGGUUCAUCCACGAUUUCAGCGAUUUCGAAAAGUGCCUCGAAAUCGACUACAACACCAUCCAAACAUUCGCCCGCGCCCUCGAAGGCACCUCCAAAACCGUCCUCACCACCUCCGGCUUCCUCAUCUCCUCCCCUUCCCCCUCCCCUUCCCCAGCCAUCACAGAGCACACCCUCACCGAUGGUUCCGGCCGAGGACGAUCCGAGCCCCUCACCCUCUCUCCCACCUUGAAAGCCUCGGGCGUCAGGGCACAUGUACUCCGUCUGGCGCUGACGGUACAUGGCGAGGGCGAUGCCGGUCUCUUGACUUUCUACAUCCAACAGUCGAAGAAACUCGGGUUUGCGGGGUAUCUUGGGGAGGGGGACCUUCGUUGGCCUGCGGUGCAUGUCAAGGAUGCCGCUCGGGCAUUCUUGCUUGCUCUUGAGAACCCCAACAAGACUCUGCAAGGCGGGGAGAUCUUGCACGUAGUGCAAGAUUCUGGCGUCCCAUUCAAAUCGAUCGCUGAAGCUGUCGCCAAGCGCUGGGAUAUCCCUUCGAAGAGUUUGACGAAAGAGGAAGCAGAGCAGUCGUAUGAGUGGCUUGCGCCAUUCUUCUGGGGUCAGGACUUGGUGGCGGAGAGUGGGUUGACUCGAAAGUGGCUUGGCUGGGAGCCGGAGGAAAAGGGGCUGGUAAAGGAUUUGGAGAGUUCGGAGUGGUAUUUCAAGGAGGGGGUCGCGUUCAAGUAUUGA